UCGUCUCUUCAUUUUCGAUAAAAAUGAAAGAAAUAUGAACGUUUCAUAUUUUCUGAAAAAUGCUAGAAAAAUAAAAGAUGGCUCACUUGCCACAUAGUCUCUACUCCGCUGCUAGGCCAAAGUUUCCAUAUGCCGGAAAGUCCGCCCAGCCGAAGUGGAGUCGCUUCCCAGGGACCCUGCGGUGCGCAUCGACCGAGUCCUUAACGAGUUUGACUCAGAAUGCGGCGGAGAUAGAGUUGAAGUAUAUGGUGAGUCAACACGGGUGGGGCGUGAGGAGGUUGAGAAGAGACGACGAAGAAGAGAUAAGGAGAGUGUCUCUGGUUCAGGCCGAAGCUUUCCACAUCCCUCUCGCUCUUUUCAAUGAUUUUUUCUUCUUGUUUUUCCAGGCAGAAGUUUUGUCAGGGCUUCUCUACAAACUAAAGAAUUCACCUCCUGAUAGAUAUGCAUGUCUUGUGGCGGAGCAAACAAGCGAAACUGACACUAGUUCAAGCUCAAGUGUCGUUGGAGUAGUUGACAUCACAGUUCAGACAGAAAACGCAGUACUCCGCCACUUUCCCGGCGUUGAAGAAUAUCUUUACGUCUCAGGCUUAGCCGUCUCCAAAGCCCAAAGAAGGAAGAAGAUGGCAAGUACAUUGUUAAAGGCAUGUGAUGUUAUAUGCUACUUGUGGGGUUUCAAGCUUCUUGCUCUUAGAGCUUACGAAGACGAUGCAGCCGCUAGAAACCUCUACUCAAACGCUGGUUACACCGUGGUCGAGUCUGAUCCACCUUGGACCUCUACUUGGAUAGGAAGAAAACGUCGCGUUCUUAUGACCAAACGCAUUUCUUAGGGCGUUUUUGGUUUAUAUCUACUUCUUCAUGUACAUUUGCUUUAGCAUUAUAGGGUUUAUCAAAAUAACUUGGACCGAUCAAUACAGAGACAGUAACUGAAACUCCACACCAUCGAAGUGAUUUGCAAGAAACGAAAACACUUGAUACAACUA